UUCAGAUGUUGGGUUUUAUGAGAGUUGACCAAGAGUUGACUGAAGUCAUUUGCAACACUAAGCCUGUAGUAUAGAAAUUAAAAUGUCAGGAGAGACGAAAAAGGGAAGUUUCUUUCAAAAGACAGACCAAACUUUCGGUCUAGAAAACAAUACCUCCUUUAAAAAUCCAACCAGGUUUGAAGCAAAGGGUGGAGUGAAGAAGGAGAAGAGGAAGGGAGGGGGUCUUAGAUAAAUACAAGUUAAUGGUUCAUAAUGAAGUCUAAUGACAGACAUAGUUUUCACAAAGGGCAAUGGAAACAAACAAAUGAUAAGCAAAAUAAUAACAGAAGUUCACUGGCUCUGUGGCUGGCAUAUAGCUCAGUCUACAAGUGGUAAACACUACACCUCCAGAACAUUGUACUGGCAUUCAGCCUGUUUUUAUUUUAGAUCAUUUUUUCUCAUGAUUUGGAAUGAAACCUUAUCAGUCUGAUCCUUUUCCAGCAAGAAACAAAGGAGAAUAGAAACGACAAGCAAGUAUAAAACAACUGCAAGAAGAACGUUUUUGAAGAAGGAGCACAGCAUUGGAGUUCUACACAGAUACUGCCAAAACUCUAAGCCGAGAAAGUUUUUCACCUCAUUAUAUGAUUUUGAGACAUUGCUUUUUGGAACGCAUUAUUAAUGGCAACAAACGUGGACCUUCCAGUUCAACCUAACCCGACUCAAUCCGUGACUUAUGAUCCAAAGUCUGAAACAGUAACAUUACCACCUGGAGUGGUUUCUGUGGCAGGUGUCACUGUGGUCACUGGAGGAGCGGAGCUGUCCUGCAGUUCCUGUGUGUUGAUCUUUGGGGUUUGGGGAAGUCUGGUUGGUUUGAGUGUGGUGGCAUUGGGCUUAUGGGAUCAUUCAAAGUAUAAGAACAGUAGUCCAUCACACCUACUGAUUCUUGGAUUGGUCGUGCUUUUUACCAGUAUCGGACUUGUAGGUGUUGUAUAUGGAUUCCGUUUCUUGAUGAAGAAGAGAAGGAUGAAUGCCAGAAGAGAAAGACAAGAAGGUAAUUUAGUGUUAGUUAAUGAUUAUGCAGAAGUUGUUUUGAAAAGAGUGACAGUGUAAAAGAGCAGUAAAGUCAAAGAACAUGAUGAAGAGACUCAGCUUCUCCCUCUUCAGUAUCUCUCCAUCAAUCUGUGCUCAGUCUUGAAGGAAUGUUCCAGGAAAUUGACUGGUUGCACAAAAGGAAACACUUUGCCAUUUCCUGUGAUGUAAGAACACACAUAAGUGCCACAUAUCUAGAGUAGUCAAAAGUUUAUCUCAAUCUUCAAGUCCCGUUCACACAAAAUUCAUUUGAAUCCCAUACAGCAAAUACAUUUAUUUUUCUGGCAAAAAAAUAUGUUUUAAAUAUAUGCUAAAUAUAUAUUGCAUCUAUUGCUUAAUUAAAUAAAUUUAUUUUGAAUUUGA